AGACGCAACGUGGCGCGACAGCCGUCUUGUCACGUGUCCGUCCAACGCGUGAACCGGAAUAUUUCGUAAUUGAAUCGGCAAUUUAAACCGCUGGAUCAGCAUCCCGUGCGCGACCAGCAACCUCUGCGUAGAUCAACGAACAAAGAACGUGUCGCGUGGCUCGGGCAGCGAAACGGACGUUCGUCUUUGUUUUCGAAAGCGGAUCGCGCCGAUUCGAGUUGAAUAGUUAUCUCGAGACGACACGGAGUACGCCGGAGGGACAGUAGCUGCGACGGUUCUUCGAAAAGCGUAAUUGACGAACAGAAACAUCCUGAGUCAUCGGUGACGAGAGGACAACGCAUCGGUGGCCAGCAACGAGCGGCAGGUCAGGAGAACACGCGCGCGAGAGGGAGUGGGCCCGAAUGAUCGUGGUCGCCCCUGGGUUUCGAGCCGGAGCAGCUCAGUUCAUUUGGUUGGCAGAGGCGAACGGUGGUGCAUAGCGCGACAGCUGAUUCCGAGGAGUGUUGCGUCGACCGAUCGUUUCUCUGGCCUGUCAGUCGCAGUUCGCACGGCGGAUCGGUUGGCCGCGUAGCAAUUCGAUCUCCCCUACCCUGUGAUACGUGUACGGCGGUGUCGGACCUAACGCUCCGCGGGCGAGUCGCGAUCGGGACCGCUGCCACUGGCCGACGACGAUCCUCGAGGACGAAUGCAGCCCCGCGAUUCGGAUAACACCUCAUCGAUCGUCCGGAAAGCGAAGGCGAGGAUCAAGCGCGUAUCGUAACGCCUAUGCAUUGUCGCACGCGCACCCGGGGACUCACCGAAAGUCGCCGUUCCAGCGAUCCGCGGAUCAGUGAGCACCGUGCGAGACCGAUUCCCCUCGAAACGGGAAACGUAGAAGUGAAUGCCGAGGCGGCCGGACGAGGGGCGUAGAAGCGGAGGAUGUACAGCGUCACCCUUGGGGUAUGAGUCCGGACGCCGCUAGAACACCUGAAUCUACAUUCGACCUAUGCAUCAGCAGAUGAUGGCGGAUCUGAAGAAUCUCACUCUGAGCGAUGGAGGAGGGCCUAGGUACAGUGGCGACGAGCAGGUACAGUUCAUACCUGGCGGAAGCCACCAGGUGACGAUCAAAUCCCCUCCACCGACGCUACAUUUGGAAAACCUCAACAAUGCGGUCCUCAGCGGCUCGCAAAACAAUCUCCACUGCAAUUGCAAUGGAAACGCGUCGAACGGCGCUGCGGUUGCGAUGUGCAGCAACAGCAUGUUCGUGAGAAAGGUGCCGAACCAUAGUCCUGGCCAGGACGGCAAGAGGCCGGCGGUAACGCUGACGCACCUGCCGAAGAGACCACCGGUUGACAUCGAGUUCAAGAAUCUGGCGUACAGCGUGUCCGAGGGCAGGAAGAGAGGUUACAAGACGAUCUUGAAAUGCGUCAACGGGAAAUUUCGGUCCGGCGGGUUGACCGCCAUCAUGGGCCCCUCCGGUGCCGGGAAGAGCACCCUGAUGAACGUGCUGGCCGGUUACAAGACAUCGCAUCUCAGCGGCUCCGUUCUGAUAAACGGGAAGGACAGAAACCUCCGAAGAUUUCGGAAGAUGUCCUGUUACAUAAUGCAGGACGACUGUCUUCUGCCUCAUCUGACGGUCCUCGAAGCGAUGAUGAUUUCCGCGAAUCUGAAGCUGGGGAAAGACAUUGGCGCCAGGGAGAAGAGAGUGGUGGUCGAGGAGAUCAUCGAAACCCUUGGCCUAAGCGAAGCGAACAACACGCAAACUCAAUGUCUCAGCGGAGGGCAGAAGAAGAGGCUGUCGAUCGCGUUAGAGCUGGUGAACAAUCCUCCUGUGAUGUUCUUCGACGAACCGACCUCCGGCUUGGACAGCUCGACUUGCUAUCAGUGUCUAAGUUUGCUCAAAUCGUUAAGUAGAGGAGGUAGGACGAUCAUAUGUACAAUCCACCAACCGAGCGCGCGGUUGUUCGAGAUGUUCGAUCAUUUGUACCUAUUGGCCGAAGGGCAGUGUAUAUACCAAGGGAACGUAGGCGGUCUGGUGCCCUUUCUGUCGUCGAUGGGCUUGGAAUGCCCCAGCUAUCACAAUCCAGCGGAUUACGUGAUGGAAGUUGCAUGCGGUGAGCACGGGGAAUGCGUGCAUAAAUUAGUGAUGGCUGUGAACAACGGUAAAUGCGCUAAUUACCAGCACCACCAGGCCGCGAUAAACGCGGUCCAAACCGUGCCGAACGACAUCGCGAAGGAAUCGCCGCAGCAGGAGACCAAGUCCGAGUCCGCCUUGAUACCGAACGGUGUACUGAAGCAGCCGAACGGAGGAACCGUGAUAAACAUGCCCAUUUCUUGUACGACGUCUCUGUUAGACAGCGCGGAGAGUAUAGAGCAGACGGUUGGAUUCCCAACGAAUAGUUUUACCCAAUUUUGGAUUCUGCUUAAAAGAAUUUUCUUAUCGCAAAUAAGAGACAUGACAUUAACGAGAGUAAGGCUGAUUUCGCACAUAAUCGUUGGGUUCCUCAUCGGUGCGAUCUAUUACGACAUCGGUAACGAGGCCUCGCAAGUGAUGAGCAAUGCCGGCUGCGUCUUUUUUACGGUGAUGUUUCUCAUGUUCACAGCUAUGAUGCCUACCAUUCUCACGUUUCCGACGGAAAUGGUUGUCUUCGUGAGAGAACACUUAAAUUACUGGUACUCCGUGAAAUCUUACUAUAUCGCGCGAACCCUGGCAGAUGUUCCCUUUCAGAUAGUCUACUCUGUAGCAUACGUCAUUAUUGUAUAUUUCAUGACGUCACAGCCAUUGGAGACGAAUAGGUUCAUGAUGUAUUUAACUAUAUGUGUAUUGACAGCGUUAGUGUCUCAAUCCAUCGGUUUAGUGAUAGGUGCAGCAAUGAGCGUCGAGAGCGGAGUGUUCAUCGGGCCUGUGUCGUCAGUGCCGAUCGUUCUGUUCUCCGGUUUCUUCGUCAAUUUCGAUGCCAUUCCAAAGUACCUGAAGUUUCUUUCGUACGUGAGUUACGUCAGGUACAGUUUCGAGGGGGCGAUGAUUUCGGUGUAUGGUUAUAAUCGUGCUAAGCUCAAGUGUUCCGACCCCUACUGCCACUUCAAGAGCCCGACGAAGUUCCUGGAAGAGAUGUCGAUGCAAGACGCCGUCUUCUGGGUGGACGCCGUCGCGCUCGCAGGCUUCCUCCUAUUCCUGAGAGUGACCGCCUACUUUGUACUGAGACUGAAGUUACGAUCUCUUCGUUAAGACGCGCGGCGGCCGAUCGGCGAUCAACGAUUCACGAUCAAACCGAUAGUGUCCCGGAUCUGCCGUCGGGGAUCCCGAGUCUUUCGUUCGUGAGCCUGACAAACGGUCGCGGUUGCGAACGGACAUCCUUAUCUCGCCGAAAAAA